ACACCUUAAUUCCAAAUAACUCAGUUGUAAAGUCAACCUUACUCUGUUCUUCAAAAGUCCCGAAGAGCCACACAGAAGGCAGAGAGAUUGAUCACCCCUCCAUAUGGCAAGUUCCAAGCUCAAAGCUCUCUGGAACCACCCGGCUGGCCCCAAAACGGUUUUCUUUUGGGCUCCAACUGCUAAAUGGGGCAUCAGCAUGGCAAACAUUGCUGACUUCUCAAAGCCACCUGAAAGCCUCUCUUGUCCUCAACAAGUAGCGGUUUUAUGCACUGGAAUUAUUUGGUCACGCUACAGCAUGGCGGUAACUCCGAAAAACUGGAAUCUUUUCGGCAAUAGUAUUGCAAUGGCUGGGACAGGCUUGUAUCAACUAACACGCAAGAUUAAGUUCGAAUAUGAUCACUUUUCAGAGACUAAAGCAGCUGAUGAGGGAAAAGAGUGAUGACAAAAGUCUCUCGGGAACUACAUCGAUCUGGCUAGCUUAAUGUAACACAUUUUGUAUAUCAACUGAAUUUGAUGACAUUCUCAAGGAAUUUGUACGUUUUAUUGGAGUUCUAGUAACUCUUAGCUAGCUGUUAAUUGAUGAGUGCUUCCUUGGGAUGGCAGAAAUAAUAAUCGUUGAAGAUGCCUAGUUAAAUUUACAGUGGUUUUUGAUA